CUUUUAGGCUAUUUACGAUAUGCUUGGAGCAUGCUCUUCAAAUAGGCCUGCUGAUUCUGCUGAGGAACGAGCGAAAAAUAUAUUCUCUAAAAUGGAUGAGAAUAACGAUGGUCAAUUAACACAGGAAGAAUUUUUAAAAGGCUGUCUUCAAGAUGAAGAAUUGUCGAAAAUGUUGGCGCCCUAAACACUUAUUCUCAUUUAUAUUUUACUCGGCAUGUGUGCAGAAAAUGGGAAAGCAAAACAGCAAGCUGAAACCAGAAGUACUGGAGGAUUUAAAACAAAACACCGAAUUCACAGAUGCUGAAAUACAAGAGUGGUACAAAGGAUUCCUUAAAGAUUGUCCAAGUGGACAUUUGUCGGUUGAAGAGUUCAAAAAAAUAUAUGGAAAUUUUUUCCCCUAUGGAGAUGCUAGUAAGUUUGCCGAACAUGUUUUUCGCACAUUUGACGCUAAUGGUGAUGGUACUAUCGACUUUAGAGAGUUUCUUUGUGCUCUUAGUGUAACUUCAAGGGGAAAAUUGGAACAAAAACUUAAAUGGGCCUUUUCUAUGUAUGACUUAGAUGGAAAUGGCUACAUAUCACGACAAGAAAUGCUUGAAAUUGUCACGGCUAUAUAUAAAAUGGUUGGAUCUGUUAUGAAAAUGCCUGAAGACGAAAGCACACCAGAAAAAAGAACUGAUAAAAUAUUUAGGCAAAUGGAUCGAAACAAGGAUGGAAAAUUAAGUCUUGAAGAAUUUAUAGAAGGAGCAAAAAGUGAUCCAUCAAUAGUACGUUUAUUACAAUGUGAUCCUCAAUCACAUUAACUUACAUUUAAAUGGUUUAAGUAAGCAAUAAAUGUUCGGAUUAUGAUAGAAAUUAAAUAA